CCUGGCUCUCCGCGCGCACUGCUUUAAUCAGACCGGUGCAGCCUGGAGCGUGAGUGGCCAGCUGGGCCUGGAGCAAUGCGAGCGGGCCCCAGCGAGCGGCGGCGGCGGCGAGGCGGCCGAGUGAAAGAGCCCCGGCCGGGAAGUGUGGACGCGUCUCUUCCCAGGCCGGGCCACCUCGCCCGCUCUAGUCCAGCGGAGCCGGAGCGCCUUGGACCAAUCCCCGGUGAUUAUGCAAGGCAGCGGACCAAUCAGCUCCGCCAGCUCAUGAAUAUUUAUGACCUUGGCUGAGUCAAAGCUUUGAAGCGAGUUUUGGGAGCUCCGCAGCAUCAUGCUUAGACUUUUCAAAGAGACAAACUCCAUUUUCUUAUGAAUGGAAAGUGAAAACCCCUGUUCCGCUUAAAUUGGGUUCCUUCCUGUCCUGAGAAACACAGAGACCCCCAAAGGAAAGCAGAAGAGAAAGAGAGACCCACACCCAGACCCCGCGAGAAGAGAUGACCAUGACCACCAUGCCAGAAAGUCUCAACAGCCCCGUGUCGGGCAAGGCGGUGUUUAUGGAGUUUGGGCCGCCCAACCAGCAAAUGUCUCCUUCUCCCAUGUCCCACGGGCACUACUCCAUGCACUGUUUACACUCGGCGGGCCAUUCGCAGCCCGACGGCGCCUACAGCUCAGCCUCGUCUUUCUCCCGACCGCUGGGCUACCCCUAUGUCAACUCGGUCAGCAGCCACGCGUCCAGCCCCUACAUCAGUUCCGUGCAGUCCUACCCGGGCAGCGCCAGCCUCGCCCAGAGCCGCCUAGAGGACCCAGGGGCUGACUCCGAGAAGAGCACGGUGGUGGAAGGCGGUGAAGUGCGCUUCAAUGGCAAAGGGAAAAAGAUCCGCAAACCCAGGACGAUUUACUCCAGUUUGCAGUUGCAGGCUUUGAACCGGAGGUUCCAGCAAACUCAGUAUCUAGCUCUGCCGGAGAGGGCGGAGCUCGCGGCCUCCUUGGGACUUACGCAGACGCAGGUCAAGAUCUGGUUCCAGAAUAAGCGCUCCAAGUUCAAGAAGCUGAUGAAGCAGGGUGGGGCGGCGCUGGAGGGUAACGCGCUGUCCAACGGCCGAGCUCUGUCUGCCGGCUCCCCUCCGGUGCCACCUGGCUGGAACCCCAACUCCUCGUCUGGGAAGGGCUCAGGUGGCAGUGCGGGUUCCUACAUCCCCAGCUACACGUCGUGGUACCCCUCGGCGCACCAAGAAGCUAUGCAGCAACCCCAACUCAUGUGAGAUUGCCCACCUGCACCCGCCAACCUCUUUCCCGUUUCCCCUGGCCCGGGCCCCUCCCGCCUCCCGGUCCAUCCACCCCGUCCGUGUGCCCUGGACCCAGAGAAAGGCCCAGAGGGAAAGAAGAAGGAACAGUGAAGGCAAAAGCAGGACGCCCGUCGCCUCUUUGGAGCCCCAUGAGGCCUCAACCCGCGACUUCCUUGGCGCCACACGCCCUCGCCGGAACCCUGGCCUGGGUCGUGAGGUGACAACAGACCGCGGCCUCAGAGUGCAGGCACAGCCACCCGAGCCAGCCAGAGCAGCAAGAAGAGCCCGCUGAAUCCGAUCCGAGACCCUCAGCUGUGUCGGACUAUCAGGAAAAAAAAAAAAAAAAAAAAGCAAUGUAGAAAAAGCAAAAGCUCUUUUCUGUCCUGUUCGUCUCUUGUCUCCUUUCACUCUGUCUGUGCGCUGAUGAAGUCGAGGUCCUCAUCUGUCUGCCGUCCUCAUUCUGUGGCCUCUGAAAAAAGUCACUAGGUCCGAGGAAGCGUAAUCUACCGGGCAGCCCAGUUCCGGAUACUGGAACUUUUUGUCCUUUCGACCUUUUCCUGGGCCUGCCUAUCCGUCUGUGUAGCUUGUUCAGGAAUUGAGGGAAAUUGGAGGGAGAGGGUUUUAUUUAUUAAGAAAUGGACUUUGCCUGAGGCUGAAUGUUGACCAGUUCUCGGUUUGGGGGCGGCACGAGGAGCAUAUGGUCUAAACGUACUGAUGACUUUAAAUGCGCCCGCGGGGAAAAAUGAAUAAGGAGGACCUGGUGAUUUUUAACUUAUACAGUACCUUUUGUACUUCUCUGGUAUAGAGAGUUUGGAGCCGAAUGAUUUGCAUUUUUUUUUUUUACAUGUCCCUUAUUAUUUUAAAAAGAAAGAAGUGAAGCCAACCCAAUUUCUCUUUUCGAGAAGAAUGCUUAGUCUUCUUGCCUGGACAAGAAGGAAAAUCUGAAUUCCCUCCUUGGGGAGACAGAGAAGACUGAUGGACAGCAGUGAGAAAACAGGCAGUCAUGAGCUAGAGGUCUAAUGCUAGUGGGCUUUAAAGUAAGAGAAAAGCAGCUUUACAACAAUCCCAGAGGCUCCACCACAAAUAAUGCCAGUCACCACCCUAAACGCACAGUCUCCAGUGCAGGAUUUAAUUACUGUACAUAUUGUUGUUGUUGUUAAUUAUUAUUGUUAUUAUUAUUGUUCUGUAAACAUGUUGCACAAGCUUAGCUUUUUUCCGUUCCGUUGUGUGUGGCUGUAAAAUCUGAUGCUUUGUGAAAUGAGAAUCUUGACAUUUGUGAAAUUUGGAAAAUGUGAUCAAUUGAAAUCAACCGUGUUUUGUGUUCUCUAUGUCAAAGUUUAGUUUUAUAUUGAGAAUGUUAACUUAUUGCUUUGUAUCUCGGGAAAAAAAAGGACUUUGUAAAUAAGUUAUAAAGUUUCUUUGAGACAGUAAAAUUAUGGUUUCGAGAAAGA